CUCAACUUCACCAUGAGCCUCGUCCAUCAGCGGUGUGUUUGCUGCCUGCACAAUAACUUGACUUUAUUACAAAGGGAUCAUCAGCAGGUGCUUGUUUUUACUCGGUCUCUCUGAACAAACAUGUGGAGCAGCUGGGAAACGGGUUUUGGUGGAGCUGUGGAGCUUUUGAACUCAUUUUAGGAGAGAAACGAGUGGGAAAAGCCGCUGAGCAGCGCUGCUCACCGCGGUGAACGGGUGAGGUUUGGAGGCUCCACCGACAAAAUGCAGAGAGCAUCAGAGCUCUUCAUGACUUCAAUAUGAAGACAGACAAGUCCGCUACCUGCUUCCUCACUGUCAGCCUCCAGCACCGCUCACCCACUGAGUUUUCACUCGUUUAUCAGUGAAGAGAAAACACAAGUGUCUCGGUGUUCACACUGCACACAGGAGCCACGGCUCGACUGAGUCUUCACGGUUCUCAUGGUGUGUUCAAGUACCGCCUCCCGAUCAGGACUCUUCUACAGUCCGGUCACUCACUCCGAUAGUUCCUCGUUGAUCUAAACGCAAAGAUAAAGAUGGCAGAAGUCGCUCCAGCUCCAGCUCCAGCUCCAGCUCCAGCCGCCGCCAAGGCUAAAGCGGCCAAGAAGAAGGUCGUGAAACCGAAGAAGGUCGGUCCCAGCGUCAGUGAGCUCAUCGUGAAAGCCGUGUCCGCUAGUGGUGGGCGGAUCGAUCCAAAUAUCGAUACCAACGAAAAAUCACAAAAACAAAAACAGCCCCUGGCUGGCGGAGGCUACGAUGUGGAGAAGAACAAUGCCCGCGUCAAAAACACCAUCAUUAAGCUGGUGGUCAAGGGGACCCUGGUCCAGACCAAGGGAACCGGGGCCACCGGCUCGUUCAAGAUGAGCAAGAAGGUGGAGACCAAGGUCCAGAAGACCGCUCCCAAAGCAAAGAAGCCCGCCGCCAAGAAACCCGCAGUGGCUAAAAAGCCCAAGUCAGCGGCAGCCAAGAAGCCAGCAGCCGCUAAAAAGUCCCUGAAGAAGGCGACGAAACCAGCAGCGGCCAAGGAGCCCACCAAGAGCCCCAAGAAGGUGGCGAAGAGCCCCAAGAAGGUGGCGAAGAGCCCCAAGAAGGUGGUGAAAAAGGCCCCUGCACCCAAGAAAGCCCCCGCGAGGAAGGUCGCCAAACCCAAAGUGAAGAGGACAGCAGCCAAGAAGAAGUGAGAUGUCCUCACUGUGAAACAUGUCCAUCCUGGUAAAAGGCUCUUUUAAGAGCCACACACGUCUAUCCACAAAGAGCUGCUUCCUCAUCAAUCAUCACCACUGUCAAUAAAUAUGUAGAGACAGAGUU